AUGCAAACAACCAAUAAUAACACUUUGGAUCCAACUCACUCAUUCAUCAACCUCAAUUAUUUUGUCAAUCUAAGCAACAACCAUGACGAUCAAGAGGAUUUGGAUGGGUUGGAUCUUCUGUUUGGGGAAGGUUGUAGUGAUGAGCAGAGUGCGUCAACCUACUCGACAGACUCCUGUCAGCGGUUGCUGUUGUCUCCACAAGAGCCACAAACACCUCAAUCAUUGAUGGCUAUGUAUCCAUCAAAUGUGAUGUUGUCAUCGGGUGAGUGGCCAUCAUUGUUGAAACCUUGCACGUUUCCUUCUGAGGUUGAUCAAUCACUCAAUUCCUUAGAUUCAGGUGUAUUUCUAAUGCCACCAAACACACCCCAAUUUCAGAUGUCUGUAUCUUCAGGUCCCUUGGAUGCAACGAUACCAGAGACCUUCUUUUAUCAACUGCAACAACAAACAAGUACAUUUCUGUCCACAUGCCAGCAGUUGCCAUCUCCCUGUAACAGUAUUGUGAACAACAAUCAAACCCUAUAUCACAACAAUAAUGGUGGUAAGGUCUGGACUCCCUCAGAAGAGGAAGAAUUGAAGUCCUAUAUUGAAUCUGAAUGCAAAAAGAUCUUUGAUCGCCACUGGAGCACGCUUCCUCCGUUACGAGCAAACUCAACAAAGAAACGAGACAAAUUUGAUCUGGAGGAGGAAAUCAAAAAAAAAUUAAAGAAUUGA